AUGUUGCUGAGCCCCGUCAGCAGCAGCAGCAACCUCUCUACCCCCAACCCAAACCCCCCCCGGGGCUGCGACCCAAACUGUCUUAGAGAGCGAUACAAGUUAUACAGCAACAAGAAGAGAAGCAGCAGCAGAGUGAUAACAACAGCAGCAGCAAGACAAGCAGCAGCAGCAGCAGCAGCAACAGAUAGGAGAGAGACAGAGAUAGAGGAGAAGGGAAAGAGAGAAGAGACAGAGACAGACAGCAGACAUAAAAAAGGAGACAAAGGAGACAGAGUAAAAAGAAAGAACAACACAAGGAGACAAGAGACAAGAGAGACACAGAGAGGAGGAGACAAAGACAAGAGAGACAGAGCCAGAAGGAGACAGGAGACAGCAGAGGAGACAGGAGACAGGAGAGGAGACAAGAGACAAGAGAGACAGAGACAGGAGACAGCAAAGGAGACAGCAAAGGAGACAGGAGACAGCACAGGAGACAGGAGAGGUGACAGGAGACAAGAGAGACAGAGACAGCAGAGGAGACAGGAGACACGAGACAGGAGAGGAGACACGAGACAGGAGAGGAGAAAGGAGACAGGAGAGGAGACAGGAGACAGGAGAGGAGACAGGAGACAGGAGAGGAGACAGGAGACAGGAGAGGAGACAGCAGAGGAGACAGGAGACAGCAGAGGAGACAGGAGACAGGAGACAGCAGAGGAGACAGGAGACAGGAGACAGCAGAGGAGACAGGAGACAGCAGAGGAGACAGGAGACAGCAGAGGAGACAGGAGACAGGAGACAGCAGAGGAGACAGGAGACAGGAGACAGGAGAGGAGACAGAGGCCUGGUGUACCUGUCUAG